AUGUCUAUAGCGCCAGAACCGUCUGCGACACGGGGGGAAAUCACCCUACAACCGAGCUACUUUACGUCGUCCCUCUACGUCAAUCCCCUCCGGGAAGACAUCUCUACGCUGAUCGACGCAUUUUCCGAGCAAUACAGUCCUUCUGUUCGGCCAUUCGAGCUUUUCAGGAAACUAUGGGCAGACCAGGGCUGGCAAUGGCUCCACCUCCGUGCACAAGACGGGCGCUCUCGGCAAUCCUUUCUCAAGAUCACCACCAGGCUCUUCGUUGAGCGACUCGGGGAGCAAGAAGAGCCUCUUACGCGCGUGGUUGCGCUAUUUGCUCUCUAUACCUUCCAUGAAACCCAGCCUUCGACUUCUGCGCCCCCGAUCCUCUCGGUUCCAUAUAUUGUGAUUCCACUAGACCUAUACAGGGAUAUGCUCGAGAUACCCUCUACUCUGGAGGAACCUGGUCUCUGUCCCCUGAAAUCAUACGUCACCCACGUUCUCACCACGAUCAUUCUGCCUCGAGAAAUAUUCGUGCCGGAUGGGCAAGAAGCCUCGAUGGUCUUGCAAGCAAGCUCCUCCAGCACGCCAUCCCACGGGGCGGGAACCAGUGCCGCUCCCAAGAAAAAAGGUCGCCCAUCCAAACGCGACAAAAUACGCAAGGCCAAAGAAGCAUUGCACUCUCUAGACAGAUACGUCGACAGAACCUACCUCGCCCUCCACCAAGACCCGUACCAGCUCCGAAUGACCGCCGACCCUUCCGCUCCCGGCGCGGGGCCAGUGCAAGCCGGCCAUAUGCUCUUCGCACAGGCGCCCGCGGGCUCGCUCGGACACUACUCAGCGCGCAAGCACGAGCUGUUGGGGGCCUUGUACGCGGGGCAUCCUGAUGGGCCCGAACAAGCUGCACUCCGGCGCAUCAAUGACUCUGUCCUGGCGCGGUUGAAGCAGAUUGACGAGAUGGCCGCUGAGAAGGGGUUAGAGGUGGGUGGCGAAGGCGGGGACAAAACGGGUCUUGCGCGCGUGGAGAAGGCGGUGGAGGAGCUUCGGCAGGCUACUGGGGUGGGCGCGUCGGGCGGUAUACUGGGAUUGCUGGAGGGUGCGGGGAUGGACAUGACGUAG